UAGCAGAAAAACAACAUGAGGUGCUUCUGCGUGUAGCUGACAACUAUGUAUGAAGUUAAGUCAUGCACAUAAAUUUAAACUCAGUUUUGAAAUUAACUCCUCUGUCCUUUCUUUCUCUUUCACUCUUUCUCUCUUCUCUGCUCUUCCCUUCUCUUCUCUUCUCUUCUCUCUGUGUUGCCUUGCCACCACACUCACUCACUCUACAAAUCCUUCACACACCAUAGUAAGUAAAUAAGUAAGUAACUUCCAUACCAUAGCAUCAACAUUUAACACCCUUCUCUCUCUGGUGGGUCUUAACUUCCACUUUUAUCAUUCUUUGCACUCACCAAAAACCUUCUUCUCCUUCACUCAAAGAACAACAAGUUUGUUUGUUUGUUUGUGUGUGAGAGAGUGAGAGUGUGUGUUAGAAGGGAGCCCCCAGAUGCAGUUAGAGUCUGUGUGAACAUCAAAUGAGUUUGAGUUUCUGCAUCUCUUGCUGGGGGGUGAAUGGGGUGCAUGGUGUCUCAGUUGGCCGCGAAAUUCGCCUUCUUUCCGCCUUCUCCGCCCACCUACCACCUCAAGAAGAGGGACGACGGCAAGCUCACGGUGGUCUCCACGGCGGCGCCCAUCCCCCACGCCGAUGACACCUCCCUCGACGUUCUCCUCGUCGACACCAAACAUGGAAACAAGAUUGUCGCCUUUUAUCUCAGAAACCCCUACGCUCGUCUCACCCUUCUCUAUUCUCAUGGCAAUGCCGCUGACUUGGGUCAACUCUACGAUCUCUUCGUGCAACUCAAGGUCAAUCUUAGAGUUAAUCUCAUGGGAUAUGACUACUCUGGAUACGGGGCAUCUACUGGCAAGCCUAGUGAGUCCAGUACAUAUGCUGACAUAGAAGCAGUAUAUGAAUGCCUUGAAACUGAAUAUGGAGUUAGCCAAGAAGAUUUGAUUUUGUAUGGGCAAUCAGUUGGAAGUGGACCAACACUGCACUUGGCAUCUAAAUUGCCAAGGUUGAGAGGUGUGGUUCUACACAGUGGAAUUCUUUCUGGCCUUCGGGUCCUCUGCCAUGUCAAGUUCACAUUUUGCUUCGACAUUUACAAGAACAUCAACAAAGUAAAGAAGGUCAAGUGCCCUGUACUUGUAAUACAUGGUACAGAAGAUGAAGUUGUGAAUUGGUUACAUGGUAAUGGACUAUGGAAAAUGGCAAGGGAGUCAUAUGAACCCUUGUGGAUAAAAGGAGGUGGCCACUGCAACUUGGAGCUUUACCCUGAUUACAUCCGCCAUCUAUGCAAAUUUAUCCAAGAAAUGGAGAACAUAACAACCGAGAAGCGCCUCAAAAAGAUUAGACAAAGUGCGAAGGAAUCGAAGUCAAACAUUUGUUCCAGUUGCAGAACAUGCUGUACAAUGAAGUGUUGCAGAUUUAAGUGUCCUGAUUGCUCUAAUUGCUCUAAUUGCUGCAGUAACUGCAUGAAUGUUUCGUGGUCUAUCAACUGUCCUGAAUGGUGUUGGAGACCUAGCUGCAUGAAGGGUUGCUGCUUCCUCAAGUUGUUCCCUAGUUGUUUGGGAUCAUGCUGCUGCAAAAAAUGCUCAUGGCCUAGCUGUUGUGGUGUAACAAAAUGUUCAUUGCCUAAGUGUGGAAGACCAAGUUGCUGCUGCAAGGGUUGUUGUAGUUGUUUCUGUUGGCAAUGUUGUGUAGGGAAAAAACACAGUGAUGGCAGCAGAAAUGGAAAACAGAAUGGCUAAUGUUGUGUAUAGAAUGCGAAAUCUUGGUAUGCUAACACACCCUUCAAUAUUGUGCAGUGGUGUUACAAAGAGGAGGAAGUAGUGGAUGACAAGUGUAGGAAAGUGAUACUAUGAUCCAGUGUCCUCUAUUAUUUUUGGUUUAUUUGGAGUUAUAACUCAAGUUCUAUUAUUGGAAUUUUUUUCUCAUAAAACAUUGGUGUUUUAAUUAAUUUUCGCAGCAGUUGAUGAUGAAUGACAUCAUUGUUGUAUCUUGUGGUUUCUGUAGCCUUUUAAAGUUUUGCAGUGGACUUGUCUUCGUGUCUAA